CUUCAAAAGAAUCGUGCGGACUGCGGAGUUUGUCGGAAUAUUUUUCACCAAAACCGUAAAAACUAUCUCAUUGAGGUUCAUUCGUUCAUGUAUUUUGUCCGACUUGUUUUAAUUUCGCUCAAAGCUAGAUCAUACUAAUCUGCCAAGAUGCCGCGAAUAAUGAUAAAGGGUGGUGUUUGGCGAAACACGGAGGAUGAAAUCCUAAAGGCGGCUGUUAUGAAAUAUGGCAAAAAUCAGUGGUCACGAAUUGCAUCGCUGCUACACCGUAAGUCGGCAAAGCAGUGCAAAGCCCGCUGGUAUGAGUGGCUGGAUCCGAGCAUCAAGAAAACCGAAUGGUCCCGCGAGGAGGAUGAAAAGUUGUUGCAUUUGGCUAAGCUGAUGCCAACGCAAUGGCGUACUAUAGCGCCGAUUAUUGGACGAACCGCGGCUCAGUGCUUGGAGCGGUACGAGUAUCUGCUGGAUCAAGCCCAGCGAAAGGAGGAAGGAGAAGAUGGAGGAAUGGAUGAUCCACGAAAGCUUAAGCCGGGGGAAAUUGAUCCAAACCCCGAAACGAAGCCGGCACGGCCUGAUCCGAAAGAUAUGGACGAGGACGAGUUGGAGAUGCUGUCCGAAGCUAGGGCACGUCUGGCGAAUACGCAGGGUAAAAAGGCCAAGAGAAAAGCUCGCGAGAAACAGCUGGAGGAGGCUAGACGUUUGGCCGCUUUGCAGAAACGGCGAGAGCUGCGGGCAGCCGGUAUUGGACUAGGCAACAGAAAGCGCAAAAUUAAAGGGAUUGAUUAUAAUUCUGAAAUCCCGUUCGAAAAAGCACCCGCUCCGGGAUUUUACGAUACUUCCGAAGAAUAUGUGGUUCCGAUUGCGGCGGAUUUCUCAAGCCUUCGUCAGCAAAAUUUAGAUGGAGAGUUGCGAACCGAGAAAGAGGCUCGUGAACGAAAAAAGGACAAGGAAAAAAUUAAGCAGAAGAAGGAAAAUGACAUUCCGCUUGCGAUGUUGCAAAAUCAGGAACCUGCUAAGAAGCGAUCGAAGUUGGUUCUACCAGAACCUCAAAUCUCCGAUCAGGAGUUGCAGCAGGUGGUCAAAUUAGGACGCGCCAGCGAAAUAGCGAAAGAAGUUGCUUCCGAAUCCGGUGUGGAAACGACGGACGCUCUGCUGGCUGAUUACAGUAUAACACCACAGGUGGCAAUGACACCCCGAACUCCAGCACCGGUUACUGAUCGAAUUCUACAGGAAGCUCAAAACAUGAUGGCUCUCACUCAUGUGGAUACUCCACUAAAGGGAGGUGCCAACACACCGCUCAUCCAGUCCGAUUUCUCUGGAGCACUUCCACAGAGUCAAAUCAUAGCCACACCAAACACGGUGCUGGCGACACCUUUCCGUUCCGUUCGUGGUCCGGAUGGAGCGGCAACACCCCAGUCUAGUGGAUUUCUGACGCCAGCAUCCGGUGCUCUUAUACCACUUGGAGCUACUCCGGCAGGACAACCGGGAGCGACCCCGAACUUCGUUCGCGAUAAACUCAACAUAAACACGGAGGAAUCGUUGGCCGUCACGGAGACUCCUGCAACCUACAAAAAUUAUCAAAAACAGUUGAAAUCAUCUUUAAAGGAGGGUCUGGCGUCUCUUCCGACACCGCGAAAUGAUUACGAAAUUGUGGUUCCGGAGCACGAAAAUGAUGCAGGAAUGUAUGACGGUACCAAUGGAGAAAGCAUGGUAGCCGAUCAGGCCGAUGUUGACGCACAGAAGAGACAGGAUUUGCAGGCCCGAGAGGCGAAGGAGUUGUCGCUGCGGUCUCAGGUUAUUCAACGCGAACUGCCCCGUCCCUUGGACAUCAAUAUGACUGUACUGCGACCACCUAAUGAAAUGCAUGGUUUGACUGAGCUGCAGCGUGCCGAAGAACUGGUUAAGCAAGAGAUGGUGAAAAUGCUCAACUACGAUGCGAUUCGUAAUCCGAUCGUCAAUCCGCAGGCUCCGCCUGUUAAGAAAAACCCGCUGGCUCAGCAUCUCGCUUAUCUGGAGCAACAUCCGUACGAGGAUGUUGCUGAGAAUGAUUUGGAGCAGGCGAAAGAACUGUUGCGAGAAGAGAUGGGCGUGGUUAAGGCUGGGAUGGCUCAUGGAGAUCUAUCGCUUGAAAGUUACACCCAAGUUUGGCAGGAGUGCUUGUCGCAGGUGCUCUAUUUGCCAAGUCAGAAUCGUUAUACCAGAGCUAAUCUUGCCAGUAAAAAGGACAGAAUUGAAUCCGCUGAAAAGCGACUAGAAAUCAACCGGAAGCACAUGGCGAAGGAAGCGAAGCGUUGCGGUAAAAUAGAAAAGAAGCUGAAGAUUCUAACUGGAGGAUACCAGGCUAGAGCACAGGCACUGAUCAAGCAGUUCCAGGAUACGAACGAGCAAAUCGAACAAAACAAUCUGGCUUUGUCCACUUUUAAGUUUUUGGCAUCCCAGGAAGACCUAGCGAUUCCGAAACGAAUGGAAUCACUCACGGAUGAUGUGAUGAGACAGACCGAGCGGGAGAAGUCAUUGCAGAAGCGGUACGCUCAGUUGCUGGAUGAGUUCAGGGAGCUGGCAAGGGAUGACCGCCAGAGGCCGGUUUCGUUGAAUCAUGCUCCAAGGGUGGAGGUUUCGCAGCGAAACGGUCGACCGGAACCGGAGCCAGUCGAGGAACAGAUUGAGGUGCCGAGACCGGUUAAUCAACAACCGAUAGAAGAGCCGCAGCAACAGCAGCAGCAAGAUCCGGCAGAGCCAGACGUCGAUGAUGCCAUGGACUGUCAGGAAGAUGACGAGGAACGGGGAGAAUAAGGAAGGUAGUUAUUGUGAUUAUUUGUUCUGAUCAAUUGCAUUAUUUACCGCUGAUAAGUCAAUAAUGAACUAUAUAAUCAAUAAUAUAUUAGUCAAUCAUGAAGUUGGAUUCGUUAUUGCUGCUUCAUGGCUGCAGCUAGCGGUACAGAAAAAAAUUCAAAAGCUAAUUUACAACGUUCUAAAAUCUAAGUCUACCUAAGUAUAAUUUUCAGCUUUGUUUCGAGAAAAAUUGUUCGCAGUUCUGACGGUUAUUCAAGCUCAAGCGAGAAUACAAAUCUGUCACAACAGAAUGUGUUCGCCAUCGUUAGAUCGACCCAAUUCAAAUGACCCUUCUAUGGGUUCCUUAAAUACUUAUGUGGCUAAUAAAACGGUCAAAUUUAUACUGAACUUAAAACAGUACCGUUGAGAUA